AUGGACGAAAAAGAGCUAUAUGGGUCACCUGUGACCGUUGAGACGUUUCUGGACAUACCCAGAGCGCCAGUUAGAUCGCAAAAAUCCAGCUUAUUCACCUUUGUUAAGAAAAAAGACUGCUGGCUGCUUGCACUGGCUACCAUAUUUACAGUUUUGGCAUCAUUGGUCCCAGCAGCGGUGACAAUACUGCUGUCAAAGGUCUUUGACAAACUGCAACAAUUUGCCAAGAACGACUACUCGUCAGCUUCCGAUUUCAUCAAAGACGUCGAAUGGUUCUGUUUCGGAGUGAUAUUCGUUGGUCUUGGCUCCACGCUAUUCAGCUGGCUCGGACUAGCCUUGUUUCUUGUUGUUGGCGAGCGCCAGCAGAAAAGGUGUCGCACACAGGUGCUCGAGUGUCUACUAGGCAAAGAGCUCGAAUGGUUCGACAAGACAUCAGAUCUCAACUCGAACCUUAUCCAAAUCAACAGAUGCAUAGAGGAGUACCGGUCUGGUGUUUCUGAGUGUCUGGAGAUGUUUAUCAAGUCUGUGACAACGAUAAUAUCCUUAUUGGUCCUCAGCUUUUACUAUUCCUGGCGCAUGACGCUUCUGGUGCUGGCAACUAUCCCAGUGAUCGUGUUGGUCACUGGAAUAUGGGGCUUUUUCAUUGGAGUCCAUACCAACCACGAAAACUCCCACUGUGCAAACGCUAUCAAGGUGACAGAAUGGAACUUGCUCUCGUACUUCUGGGUGAAGCUAUCUGGAGCCCAGUCACUGGAGAAACAAAAUAUUGCAACCGCACUUAAACUGGCCUCGCAGAGCUUUAUGAAAAUCAAACUGUUCAUGAGCAUCAACACGGGUAUAAUCAAGUUCUUGGCCUUGACCAUGUUCAUACAGAGCUUCUGGUACGGCUCAUUUCUGGUCAGACAUAACCUCAACUCGUCCGGUGACGUUAUCUCGUGCUUCUACUCCUGCUUGAACGUGUCACGUGUUUUUUCAAACGUGUCCACGCAGCUCGUGGGACUCAAGACCGCCAAGGAGUCGCUGAGGAAAGUUUUCGACACCAUUGAAUGGUCUCGACAGUCAUACUAUCCAGGAUUUGAGCCCAAACACGAUAUCAAGGGCGAAAUUCGGAUCUCUGGUGUGUCGUUCAGGUAUCCAACUAGAAAAGAGUGGGGGCUUGCAGACGUGACUUUAGCCAUUCCUCCAAGUAGCAUGAUGUUCAUUGUUGGCCGUUCCGGUUCUGGUAAAUCGACACUGGCCUCUCUGCUGCUCGGACUCUACGAAUUUCGGGGAAAGAUCACCAUUGACGAUUACGACGUUUCUCGGCUGGACACCAGCUGGCUAGCUACCCAAAUUACGCUUGUUCACCAACAGUGCACCUUGUUUGACGGGACGAUCAGAGAAAACCUAACGUUAGCGUCUAAAGGGCCAGUGAGUUCCCGGUCUUUGCAGAGAGCACUGCAGCUGUCGUCUCUCGACCAAUUCAUAGACACGCUACCAAACGGGCUAGAAACCAAACUUGGCAGCGGAGAAGACGCAGUUUCACUCAGCGGAGGACAAAAGCAACGACUAGCGAUUGCUAGAGCCGUUCUCAGAGAUACUCCUAUUCUGAUUAUGGACGAGAGUCUGUCAGCCAUUGACUACACUCAACGGAUGCUGAUUUUAGAAAGAAUCAGAAAAUGGCGUCGAGACAGACAGGUCAUUGUGUUGACUCACGAGUACUCUGAGAUCAACGAUAACGAUCAUGUUGUUGUUAUGGAUGGCGGUAGAGUGGUUGAGCAGGAUACAAAAAUCAACUUGCUGAAGAAAGAGUCCAAAUUUGCACAGCUUCAAUUUCAGAAAGUUGUUCCUGAGAAUCCGUUUGAGCAGCAGGAGGAAGAAACCGAGCAGGAGACUACUUUUACAGCUUUGAAUGAUAUUGAAAGCCAGGAGACCAAGAAGAUCAGCCCGUUGCAGCUUUUUUACCAACUGUGGAGAACACAGAAGCUGUCCUGGAUCCUGAUGUACGUCUCUGGCAACCUGCUUACAGUGGCCAAUUCUUCAAUGACGCCUUUGUUCUCUUUCUUUCUCUCAAAGCUGAUUGUUGGGAUUGUGCACAUUGGCGGGUCCGUCUCAGAUGGAUAUUUGCGCAAAUGGGCCGUUGUGCUGAUCGCCAUUGCUUUGUUGGACGGAUUCACACUGUUUGCUUCCAAAUACAUUUUAAACAAAUGCUCCGAAACAGUCGUUGAUCAACUGAAGCAGAAAGCUUUUUCCAAGAUUCUCAGACAACCAGCAACAUGGUUCCAAAGAGUGCAGCCCAGCCAGAUAUCGUCCCUGUUAAUAAACGACACAAGAGAUCUGCGUACUGUCAUUUCCGACCUGCCCAGCCAGAUCCUGGCUAUAAUUGCUCUUGCACUCGUGGCCAUGGUCUGGUCACUCAUAGUCUGCUGGAACCUUGCACUUGUUGGGUUCAGUUUUGCGCCGCUGUUUGUCAUCUUUUCCAUGCUCUUCUCUAUGCUGCUCCAAAAGUACGAAGACGCGUACAAACAGUCUACCGAUAAGGUAGAAGCCGUGGUCCACGAAUGCGUGGUCGGAAUGAAGACGGUGAUCUGUCUCAACUUGCGCGACUACUUCCAGAUCAAAUUCAACUGCAAUAUGGACUUGGUCACCGCAGCAGGAAAAAAACGUGCCAUCAUCAUUUCCCUGGCCAUAUCCAUCCAGAACAUUGUCAUCUAUCUUUCGCAAGGAGUGAUGCUCUACUACGGAAUCAAACUGGUCUCCAAGAAAUCCAUCACUCUGGUUCAAAUGAUGCAGGUUAUCACCCUGAUCAUGUUCUCCACCGGCUACAUCUCGUCUUUGCUCUCCUCGUCUCCGAGCCUCAACAAGGGACUUGCUGCUUUCGGCAAGCUCUCCUCGCUUUUACAGCUACCAAACAACGACCAGGAGUUUUCUGGCUCGGUGACUCCAAAACUUUCAAGCUCCAAAUCGGUCUUCCGCUUCCAGAACGUCCAAUUCUCCUAUCCAAACUCCAACACCAACGUGCUUUCCAACUUCAACAUCUCAUUCAUGCCCAACCAGAUAAGCUGUCUGGUCGGUAAGUCUGGGUGUGGUAAGUCCACCGUUCUGAGUCUUCUUCUAAGACUGUAUCCUGUUCAAGGCGGAGUUCUCAGAGUGGCAGGAACAGAUAUCAGCCAAAUCAACAUGGAUGCGUUCAAGUCGAUGGUCUCUGUGGUCACUCAAGAACACUACUUUUUCGACGGCACCAUCGAGGAAAACCUCAAGUACAAUUUGGAGAAGCCAGUCACCACUGAACAGAUCUAUUCUGUGCUAGAGCUCGUGGACUUGGCCACCUUUGUCAGAGAAUUGCCAGAUAAACUGGACACUCGCAUUGGCGGCUCUUCCAACUUGCUCAUCUCGGGCGGACAGCUGCAGAGACUGUGCAUUGCGCGAGCUUUGAUCAGAUCGCCAAAGAUCCUGGUUCUCGAUGAGUGCACUUCGCAUCUGGACCCCGAAAACACCCAAAACAUUGCUCAUGUCCUGCAAAGACUGAAGAGUCACGUGACCAUUAUCAUCAUCAGCCACCAAAAGGAACUGAUGCAGGUGUCGGACUGGAUAGCAUACAUGGAGGACGGGAUUGUGAAAGAAAAAGGAAGCUACGCACAACUCAUGAACAAGAAAAGCUUGUUUUACCAGCUAAUAAACUAA